AUGUUUAGGCAAGGGUUCUUUUGUUUUGGUAAAAAGACGAAAGCUCCAGUGGCCAUCAAAAUCAUUGAUCUUGAAAGUGCUGAGGAUGAAAUUGAAGAUAUUCAGCAAGAAAUUGCAAUACUCUCACAAUUGGACUCACAAUAUGUGACAAGAUAUUAUGCUUCCUAUCUCAAAGGAACACAUCUAUGGAUUAUAAUGGAAUAUUGUUCUGGUGGUUCUUGUUCUGAUCUAAUGAAGCCAGGAGCUAUCAGGGAAGAAUAUAUAGCAAUCAUAUUAAGAGAAUUACUGAAAGGCUUGGAUUAUCUUCACAACGAAAAUAAACUACACAGAGCGGCAAAUGUUCUUUUAAGUUCGAACGGUGAUGUGAAACUGGCUGAUUUUGGAGUUUCGGGACAGCUUACAGCAACAAUGACAAAGAAAGUUACCUUUGUUGGUACACCGUUUUGGAUGGCUCCUGAGGUUAUUAAACAAUCAGGAUAUGACUUUAAGGCAGAUAUCUGGUCGUUGGGAAUAACCGCCAUCGAGCUUGCCAAGGGUGUACCACCUUAUGCAGAACAGCAUCCAAUGAAAGUACUUUUCCUCAUUCCCAAAAAUCCAUCUCCAGUUUUGGAUGGUUUAUAUUCUAAAGGAUUCAAGGAAUUUGUUGCAUUAUGUUUGGAUAAAGAUCCUAAUAAUCGACCUUCGGCAAAAGAAUUACUUAAGCAUAGGUUUAUUCGUAGUGCAAAGAAGACUUCAUAUUUAACGGAGUUAAUUGAACGACAUGAAAGAUGGGUGUCUGAAGGUGGUUGUCAGUUAGAUUCUGACGAAUCAGAACAUUCAGAGAAUGGUGUUGAAGAUCAUGAUGAAACAAAUUGGGAGUUUGAUACUGUUAAACCAUCAAAAACAAAAUCACCAAAUUACUCUGAUGAAGACGAUUAUUCAGAGUAUACAAUUGGACCAUCCAAAGGAAAACAAGCAAUGGCCAUGAAGGAAAGCGAUUCCGGGUAUGAAACAGUUAAACGUGUAGACAUGAUCGGUGUAGAUGAUGAAUAUGCCGAUGAGCUUUAUGGUCACACGCAACCUCCAGUGUCAGGUCCAGCAGUUUUCAGAAAAGUGGUUGUUCCAUCGAUUAAUAAGUUAUGUUCGAAGGCCCCCACUCAAAAAGCUUUAAAUACAUUGGAGGCUUUGAAAAAAGCUUUUGAGGAUGCUGAAAGAGAAAAUCCUGGAAUAAGUGAAACAUUCAUGCAUGCAGUUUUUCAAAGAUAUGAUGAAGUUAAUCCAUAA